AUAGUAUAAUGCUUGGGCUUUUCUUUUGGCAGCUGGUCGUUCUUGGCACUUUAGAAGCUUCAGGGCAAAUAAAGACUUUAGUUCAAACCUACUGGCCUCAUACUUCACUAAUUGCUGAAGCCAGUGAGUUCAUAGCAGAGCUAUAUCCGAGGAAGUUUUGGGAUUUUAUUAAGGCAACUAAGAAGUUAGAAGCAAAUUCUACAGAUUAUGACCAAUUUAAUUUUUUAAAGUCAAGCUACUUGGCUAAUAUCAUUAAUCAUAAAGAAGAGCUUCUCGAUUCUCUUGAUCUUGCCUUAGGUUUAAGGGAAUUUAGUCCCUCUGUUGAACUACAACGCGAGACGGGUCGAAAACUUUUGCGAACCCAAAUGCAAAAGAACUGUUCUACUUUUGCUUCGUUUAACCUUGGACAUCCUAAAAACCAGGGCCCCCGUUGGGUUCUAAUUUGCGAAGUGAAGGAAUUAAACUUUUACCUUAAAAAUUAUUCUCUAGGAACUCUAAUCUUUCAAGAAAUUAGUGUUGAAGUCCAGGACCACUUGUGGCCUCCUUAUAAGGACGAAAAUCCUGAACAGGCUUUUGCUCUGGCAGUGUUGUACGGAGACUUAACUAACCCAGAGUUCCACAUAUUUCUGGAUUUGUUAAUGAAUGCAAACAAUCUUCCUUUUAUAUUUCGCCACUAUCAAUCUAAGUCUUUCAAACAAAUUCGUUUGUCCGCAUUUGGCACUGAACUUUUGGUCAAGAGUAUGGAGUACAAGGCCAUGAAUGAUAUGGACGAAUCGCAAGGGGCCACUGCUGCUUUCGAUGGUUGGGAGGAAAGCGGAGUCGUGCAGGAGCCAUCCUCCGACGAGUUCAAGCACAUUCCCGAGGCGCUUCACCACAUGGACGAACUGCCUCCGUUAAAGACUUCCCAGAUUGCGAAGUUGGGCAUUCGAGCUGCUACCCGGAUUGCAGACAGCCGCGGGGACUUCCUCGAAAAGUUAAAGUGCAUAAGCCAGAAUUUCCCGGUAGUAGCUCCUUCCCUCGGGGGAUUGAAGAUUAAGGAGAAAUUAGAAGCGGAGGUUAGACAGAAUGCCGCCAUCUUGCGCGAAUUUUUCAUCGGGGACGUCUCCUUUUUGCUGCUUCUGAACGGAAAGCGGCUUCGUGGCGUGGACCCCUUUGCAAUCUCCUCGGAAAUUCGCGCUGACUUCAAAAUCGCACAAGCGCUUCUUGAACUGGGCAUUCCUCACGACUGUCUGAGAAGACUUUUAUAUUUAUAUUCGCCUGUGGAUCCUGUAGAAGUAAAGAACGAGAGGGUUGACUUGGGAGGCGCUCGAGUGCUUUUUAUUAACGAUUUAGAAAAAGAUCCGCAGUAUUCAAGAUUUCCAAGAUCGCUAGAAAUGCUGAAGUAUAGCACGAAAGGCGGUUUACGCCCUCUUGCAAGGAAUAUUGUUACUGUUGUUUUUGUGCUGAACCCUUUAGACCAACGCGCCGUGGAAAUCCUCUCUUACCUCUUUAACUACUUCUCGAUGGGCGUGCUCGUACGAAUGGGCGUGUUGCUUGGGACAUCAAGAAGUCACAGUCAAUUACAUAUCUCCGCCUUCGGGUCCGGACCUUCUACGGCGGUAACACUUCCCGUUGCUAAUAACACGUGGGCGGAGAUGGAGACAAAAACUAUUUGCAUAAUCAAAUUUUUGGCGGAAAGAAAAGGGGUGGCUGCUUCAAUCCGCUUCUUGUUGGACUUGCAUUAUGCUACAGUCGACAUAAGAAACCUCACGGAAGCCGAUUUGUUCAAGUUUUCAAAAAGGUUUAUAUUUCUGAAAGAAGAACAUUUUAAAGAAAUUCUGUACGGGAAAAGCCAGUGUGCACGAAGCCGACUUGAGGAAGAUGAUUUUUUGCAUCGAAAGGAUCUGAACUUCAAUGCAAUAUACGUAAAUGGUAAGCACUAUCCAGUGGAACUUUCAACUCUGGACCACGUGCUCUUCGGUGCAAUCAGAGCCGACCAGCAACUUUGCCUAAAUGCGUACAGCAGACACGAGCUUUCUGAUAACGACGACGUGUACAGUUUCUUUAUGCGUUUACCGGAAACGCAGCCAAAAUCCUUUUAUAAACUUAAAAAAAGUAUUGAAAACGAGGAUUUCCAGCCGGAAUUUUUCGAACCGGAUGCCCUCGUUUUCUUAAACGAAAACCAAUGCACCCAAGGAAGUCUUUGCUUGUCCAUUGUUGUAGUGGCGGACAUCUCGACACUGCCGGGACUCUACACUCUACUGGAAGCUUUCACUUUUGCAACGAGAAACAACCAUUCUGUUCGACUGGCCCUCCAACCAUCGCAUGAAACGACAGGAAACUUUGAUGCAACCAUGGAAAAGCUUGUUAUUGGUUCUUUUAAACUUAUAAGAGAAGAAACUGAGCUGGCGCUGCUUCACGGUCUCUUAGUUGCCUGUGUAAAAGAUUUGGCGGAAAACAAUCUUUAUACGUUGAAGACUCGCGUUUCUACUUUUCUUAAAAAUCAUAUUAAAUUUGCUGAAGCUCUCAAAACGGCAAAUGGCUACACACCCCCGCGAAGACCGUCACCACAUGUUAUAAUCGUUCACAACGAGAUGGCGCUAAUCGGUACACAUGGUCUGCGGUUCGCCGACAUCGACUACCUUUACAAAAAAGCCUCGAAAACGCUGGCAGCACUGAAGCAUAUAAUUCCUAGCCAUCUUGUUAGCACGGAUGCGGUUUUUCGUCUGAGCACGACUUUGGCUCGCCAGAAUACACCUCGUGUGUCUUUACCGCCCUCGUUGCUUACCACUUACAGCGGCUACGAACUAGUUGGGCGGGACAACUUUCAUUUCGAAGUUGUCGUGGAUCCGCUUUCUCGGGAGGCCCAAAAACUCGCUCCACUUUUGAUAGAAUUGAAGGCCAACUAUAAUCCGAAGAUAACACUAAUUUUACUUCCACAGGAAAAACUUUACUCGCUUCCGCUCACAACUAUCUAUCGCUAUUCCAUAUCCUGCCGUCCCUCAUUUUAUAAAAAUGGCAGUAUCAUGGGGCCCGUCGCUGAGUUUCUCAAGGUCCCACGGAAGCCCCUUUUCUCCUUAAACAUCGAUGUGCCCAUGUCAUGGGAUACACGUGCUGUCGAUUGCAUUGCUGACCUGGACAAUUUGCACAUGGAGAAUCUCAACAAGACAACAGUUUAUGCAGUUUUUGAGCCGAAACAUCUGCUCAUUGAAGGCCACUGCUACGACGAAUCGGAUGAGCCUCCGCGCGGAUUGCAACUCCAAUUGGGUACAGUUGACCAACCAGCCCUACACGAUACGCUGGUCAUGCAUAAUCUGGGCUACUUCCAGUUCAAGGCUGGCCCGGGGGUUUGGUAUUUGAGACUGUGCCCUGGUCGCUCUAGUCAACUUUAUCAAAUAAAGCAGACGCACCCUUCUCUCCCUCUCAGAGUGGCGAAGUUUUCUGGGCUUAUUAUUACUGUUACGGUGACAAAGAAUCCCGGAUAUGAGGAUGCUCAGUUGCUGGAGCGGCCCGCCACCAUUGGGAGCUCCCCCCUGUCCCUCUGGCGAACCAUACUAUCGUUGGGUGCCUCCGAAAAGGAUGAAAUCAUUAAUAUAUUCUCAAUUGCAUCGGGCCACAUGUAUGAACGUCUCUUGUCUAUCAUGCUUAUAAGUGUAGUGAAGAACACUCUAAGCCCCGUCAAGUUCUGGCUUCUAGAAGAUUUCUUGAGCCCCACCUUCAAGAAAACACUUCCGAUAAUGGCACAGAAAUUCGACUUUGACUAUACUUUAGUAACGUAUAAGUGGCCCGCUUGGCUCCGUUCUCAAACAGAAAAGCAGAGAACCAUAUGGGGCUACAAGAUACUGUUCUUGGACGUCCUCUUUCCGUUAGAAGUGAAGAGGAUCAUUUUUGUGGAUGCCGAUCAAGUCGUGAGGGCGGACUUGAAGGAACUGAUGAAGUUAGACUUAAAGGGCGCCCCCUAUGCAUACACGCCUUUUUGUAACGACCGGAAGGAAAUGGACAGAUUCCGGUUUUGGAAGCGGGGCUAUUGGAGGGAGCAACUUGCGGGUCUGCCUUACCACAUCAGCGCCCUCUACGUCGUUGACCUGGUCACUUUCCGUCUACUGGCCGCCGGUGAUCGGUUGCGGCAAACUUACCAGCUUCUCUCGGCUGAUCCUAACAGCCUCGCGAAUCUGGACCAAGAUUUGCCCAACAGUAUGCAACACGAGCUUCCCAUCUACCACUUACCUCAAGAAUGGCUCUGGUGCGAGACGUGGUGCAGCGACGAGCUCAAAGAAAAGGCUAAAACUAUAGACUUGUGCAACAAUCCUCUCACUAAAGAGCCAAAGCUUCAGGCAGCAACCCGUAUUCUCUCUGAGUGGAAGAAGUUAGACGAGGAGGCGAGAACGGUUAAGGUUAUAAAAGAAAAUUUAAAUCCCUUUAAUGCCGCUAAAGAAGAACUGUAG